CAUCUCCCGCGCCGGCCCCGCCCCACGCGGCUGCAGCAGGCGGGGAGCAGGGACGCGGCCGGGCAGGGACACCGCGCGAGCCAUGGCUUCGGUCCCCGCGGAGGCCGAGACCCGCCAGAGGCUGCUGCGCACCGUGAAGAAGGAGGUGAAGCAAAUCAUGGAAGAGGCUGUCACCCGCAAGUUUGUCCAUGAGGACAGCAGCCACAUCAUCUCCUUCUGUGCGGCUGUGGAGGCCUGCGUCCUGCAUGGGCUGCGGCGGAGGGCAGCUGGCUUCCUGCGCAGCAACAAGAUUGCAGCUCUCUUCAUGAAGGUGGGCAAGAGCUUCCCUCCAGCUGAGGAGCUAAGUCGCAAAGUCCAGGAUCUGGAACAACUGAUUGAGAGCGCGCGAAACCAGAUCCAGGGCCUGCAGGAGAAUGUGCGAAAACUGCCGAAGCUGCCCAACCUGUCCCCACUGGCCAUCAAGCACCUGUGGAUCCGCACAGCCCUGUUUGAGAAGGUUCUAGACAAAAUUGUGCACUACCUGGUGGAAAACAGCAGCAAGUACUAUGAGAAAGAGGCCCUCCUCAUGGACCCUGUGGAUGGCCCCAUCCUGGCAUCUUUGCUGGUGGGGCCCUGUGCCCUGGAGUAUACCAAGAUGAAGACUGCAGACCACUUCUGGACCGACCCCUCCGCUGAUGAGCUGGUCCAGAGACACCGCAUUCACAGCUCACACCUGAGGCAGGACUCACCCACCAAGCGGCCAGCACUCUGUAUCCAGAAGAGGCAUUCUAGUGGCAGCAUGGACGACCGGCCAUCCAUCUCUGCUCGGGACUAUGUGGAGUCCCUGCACCAGAACUCCCGGGCCACCCUGCUCUAUGGCAAGAACAAUGUGCUGGUUCAGCCGAGGGAUGAUAUGGAGGCCGUGCCAGGAUACCUGUCCCUGCACCAGACAGCUGAUGUCAUGACCUUGAAGUGGACCCCCAACCAGCUGAUGAAUGGGUCUGUGGGAGACCUGGACUAUGAGAAGAGCGUCUACUGGGACUAUGCAGUGACCAUCCGCUUGGAGGAGAUUGUGUAUCUGCAUUGCCACCAGCAAGUGGACAGUGGUGGAACCGUUGUGCUGGUGAGCCAGGAUGGAAUCCAGAGACCACCCUUUCACUUCCCUAAGGGCGGUCACCUGUUGCAGUUCCUCUCGUGCCUGGAGAAUGGGCUGCUUCCGCAUGGGCAACUGGACCCACCACUCUGGUCCCAGCGGGGAAAGGGGAAGGUAUUUCCCAAGCUGCGCAAGCGGAGCCCUCAAGGGUCCUCAGAAUCCACAUCUUCUGAUAAGGAGGAUGAUGAGGCCACAGACUACGUGUUCCGCAUCAUCUACCCUGGCAUGCAAUCUGAAUUUGUGCCCCAGGAUCUGAUGGAUGUCUCUGUGAGCAACCUCCCGUCCCUAUGGCAACCCAGCCCCCGGAAGUCUUCCUGUUCUUCUUGUUCACAGAGUGGCUCAGCUGAGGGCAGCUCAACCAAUGGCUGCAACCAUGAGAGGGCUCCUCUGAAACUGCUCUGUGACAACAUGAAGUACCAGAUCCUCUCUAGAGCCUUCUAUGGAUGGCUUGCCUACUGCAGACACCUCUCCACAGUGAGGACUCACCUGUCGGCCCUGGUCAAUCACAUGAUUGUGUCUCCAGACCUGCCCUGUGAUGCAGGGCAAGGGCUGACAGCUGGCAUCUGGGAGCAGUUCCUCCAGGGCAGCACGACUUACCAGGAGCAGGAGUUGCUGAGGCUCAUCUACUACGGGGGCGUCCAGCCGGAGAUCCGCAGGGCUGUGUGGCCCUUCCUCCUGGGCCACUACCAUUUCAGAAUGACAGAGACAGAGAGGAAGGAGGUGGAUGAGCAGAUCCAUGCCUGCUACGCACAGACCAUGUCUGAGUGGCUGGGCUGUGAGGCUAUCGUGAGGCAGAGGGAGCGGGAGUCCCAUGCAGCUGCCCUGGCCAAGUGCUCAUCGGGGGCCAGCCUGGAUAGCCACCUACACCGGAUGGUGCACAGGGACUCCACCAUCAGCAACGAGUCCUCACAGAGCUGCAGCUCAGGCCGCCAGAACCUAAGGCUGCAGAGCGACUCCAGCAGCAGCACACAGGUAUUUGAAUCUGUGGAUGAGGUAGAACAGGCAGAGGUAGAAGGCAGGUUGGAGGAGAAACAGCCCAAGAUCCUCAAUGGAAACCUGGUGAAUGGCCCUUGUUCCCCGGAUUCUGGACACCCCUCUUCCCACAACUUCUCCUCCGGCCUCUCAGAGCACUCAGAGCCCAGUCUGAGCACUGAAGACAGUGUUUUGGAUGCACAGCGGAGCAUCCCCCCUGUGUUUCGACCUGGGGAUAGCAGUGUGGAGGAUGGGCAGAGCAGCGAAGCUACCACAUCCCGGGAGGAGGCCCCUCGGGAGGAGCUGGCGGUGCAGGACAGCCUGGAGAGCGACCUCCUUGCCAACGAGAGUAUGGACGAGUUCAUGUCCAUCUCUGGCAGCCUGGACGUGGCCCUGCCUGAGAAGGACACCACUGCCAUGGAGGGCUGGCGGGGCGGCGAGGUGGACAAGCAGAGCCGGGCAGACAGCGAGGACAACCUCUCAGAGGAGCCAGAGAUGGAGAGUCUCUUCCCUGCCCUGGCCUCUCUUGCCGUGACCUCCUCUGCCAACAACGAGGCAUCGCCUGUGUCUUCCAGUGGCGUCACCUACUCUCCUGAGCUGCUAGACCUGUACACAGUGAACCUGCACCGCAUCGAGAAGGACGUGCAGAGGUGUGACCGCAACUACUGGUACUUCACGCCCGCCAACCUGGAGAAGCUGCGCAACAUCAUGUGCAGCUACAUCUGGCAGCACAUUGAGAUUGGCUACGUCCAGGGCAUGUGUGACCUGCUGGCCCCGCUGCUGGUCAUCCUGGAUGAUGAGGCCCUGGCCUUCAGCUGCUUCACAGAGCUCAUGAAGAGAAUGAACCAGAACUUCCCCCAUGGAGGUGCCAUGGACACACACUUUGCCAACAUGAGGUCGUUGAUCCAGAUCUUGGACUCAGAGCUCUUUGAGCUGAUGCAUCAGAACGGGGAUUACACCCACUUUUACUUCUGUUACCGUUGGUUCCUGCUGGACUUCAAGCGAGAACUGGUCUAUGAUGACGUCUUCUCUGUGUGGGAGACCAUCUGGGCAGCCAAGCAUGUGUCCUCUGCCCACUACGUGCUGUUCAUCGCACUGGCACUGGUGGAAGUCUACCGUGACAUCAUCCUAGACAACAACAUGGACUUCACUGACAUCAUCAAGUUCUUCAACGAAAUGGCAGAGCGGCACAAUGCGAAGCAGGUCCUGAAGCUGGCUCGGGACCUUGUGUACAAAGUGCAGACUUUGAUUGAGAACAAGUGAGGUGGGCACUGGUGGGCACCCCUGCUGUCCUUCACCGGCUCUCCCUCCUGCAGCCCCGCACAGGCUUCUGGUAUCUUUUGACCAGUGAAGAUGUCUGUGCAGAGAACAACACCCUUGACUUUGGCCCCUGGGCAGUGGGAUGGAGGGGGUCUAUCUCAGCGCAGCCUUAUGUUUUCCUGUUUGACCAAAGAUCGCCCAAGUCUGGGGUUUCCCCUCUUGGGAGUUGGCUUGUGAGUGGGUGGAGGUGGCCCGUCCCUGCUCUCCUCGACUUUCCCUUGUUCCUUCCUUGAAUGUGCAGGUGGCACUUGGGUGGGUGGGGCUUCUUUGGAAAAUCUGUACAGGAGAGACCUCUGGAGCUCCCUCUGUACCUGGCAAGGACCUUAGAGGUGUUCUAGAACAUUCCCAGCAGGUCAACUCUGAGCAGGGUCUCCGAGCUUGCCAUUGUUGACAUUUGAAGUCUGAGAUGUCCUUAUGCCCUGGGUUUUUGGGAUGGUUGAAUGGCAUGCUCGCCGUCACUUGCACCACCUCCCAAGGUGAUCCAAGGUGUCGCCAAAUGUCCCCCCUUUCCCAUACACAGCAGAAGUGCCCCCAUCUAAGGACCACUGGCUUGGAGGCGAGCUCCCAACGUAUCCCUCUCCACUCUUCAUGCUAAGCCGCUCUGUCCGAAGUCCACCAUUCCCAACCCAGUUAGCAAAAGCACAUGGAAGUCCUUCUCUCAUCCCUCCCAGAGUCAGAGAUCACAUUGCUAUAUUUUCUCAGUUUUCCUCCUCUGCCUGAUGCCAGGAGAUUCUUCUUUCAAGAAAGACAUCUUGCAAGUGCAGUGGGGACCAGAGACAUGUCCGUAGGCAAGAGAUUGAGGCCCCUGGGGUCCUCUAAGCAACCAUACACAUUGGCAGGGCAGAGCCCUGCCCCCCACUGCUCGCUCUCUAGGAAAGCCCACAGCCUUCACCUGUGGGUCUGGGUCUCAGAAGCUUACAAACAUGUGCAAGCGUGUAUGUCUCUGAAUUCUUUGGGCAAGUGAAGCCGGCUCCCUCUAAGCACCUUCCUCACUCAGGACAGAGGAGAGAUAAGCCAGAGUUUGGUCUGGCGCAGGGUUGGUGUACAUUGCCUUGCUGUGAGUUGGGGCCAGGGCUGGGUCUGAGAACAUCCUCUCUAUUCCAUCACACCAAGACCUACCAAUCCACACACACCAACCAUGAAUGAACUUGCACAUCUGGCUACCUGUCCCUCGGUAGAGCAGGCUGGUCGUAGCUCUCAACAUCCCUGGGGAUGGGGCAAACAGAAGGGGAGAGGAGAAAGCUCAUCCCAGAGACCUGCAGCCUCCGGGGGAGUCAAGAAAUGGCAAGAAGGAUUUCAGAGAGAGAUAUGGUGAGAGUCAUUUGAAGCAUGGAGGGGACCCUCAGUAAACCAGGAUGGGCAGGACUCCUACCCCAAUGGUGAUUGUCUCUCUCUGUUCCUGUUCCACCCUCUCAGUCAGAACCCCUGCCCUCAUCCAGGGGGCAGAGUGAACAGGGAGAGUCAUGGACAGCCCUUGCUUCCCGAGGCCAGCUCUGUGGAAGGCCGAUGGUCAGUGUCCCCUGAUCUGUGAGGUAACUGCAGUCACCCACUGAUAGUUGCAGAAUAGGAAGGUCUUCUGAUGAAAGUUUAUUUUACCACUGGGCUGUUGGCGACAGAUGAUGUUAUUUUAGUGCAACCAGGUCCAGACUCCCGAUUCUUAUUUAUUUUUGUAACAGACCAGUGUCAAAGAUAGCACAAGACACCCCCUACCCGCCUCCCUUUUGCCUCCCGAGAGCCUGUGCUUGUGCUUCCGAGUGCCUCGUGUUUAUUGGUUGAGCAGCCUGAUGUCUAUUAUAUGUUUCCUCGUGUCCUGGAAUUGAACAUGUGGGAAUUGUUCUGUCAUGGACUAAUCUCUUUUUCAGUGUUACCCAAGUAUCUUGUAAAUGUUUACUGAAGAAUUGUGUCUAAAUAGAGAGUAAAUAUAUCCCAGCAGAGAAACAAGA